UCCUUGACCAUGAAACCUCUAUACGCACGUUGUUGACUUACUCGUCUCCAAAGCUCUUGUAAAUUUUGCAGAAUUUGUCCAUUUACAGCCCAGACAGGCCAGUUCUAGAGGUGGAAAUUACAUAAUGGCGAAGCGAAAGAUGAUUAUUGACUGUGAUGCCGGCAUCGAUGACGCCCAAGCUAUCCUGAUUGCUUUAUCUGCUCCUGAUGUUGAGGUGGUUGCGAUCACAUGUGUCGCUGGCAAUGCAACUAUUGAAAAUGUAUGUGUGAAUGUGCUUAAAGUUCUGGAGUUGUGCGAUCGAAGAGAUAUUCCCGUCUUUAAAGGAGCCACUGGUUCAUUGCUAGAGGAUCAUGGGGAUCUUUCCACCGAUUUUCAUGGCAAGGAUGGCAUGGGAGAUGUUAAAGACAUUCCUAACCCAGACAUGUCAUUACUGAAGACUGAACAUGCUGUAAAUGCCCUGAUUAGAAUUGUCAAUGAGCAUCCUGGAGAAAUCACCUUGGUUCCUCUGGGACCAUUAACCAAUAUUGCUCUUGCAUGUCAACUUGAUCCAGGCAUUUCCUUUAAGCUAAAAGAUGUGGUGAUCAUGGGAGGGAACUUUGAAGCCAAAGGUAACUCGCAUGUGAGUGCUGAAUUCAAUUUUCAUUUUGAUGUGGAAGCUGCUUACAUAGUGUUGAAUAAGCUCACCUGUCCAGUCUCCUUGGUGACAUGGGAAUUUUGCCUGAACCAUGCAUUACCUUGGGAAUUUUACGACUCAUAUAUUGGACAAGAGACAAAAAAAUCUGUUUUCAUGAAAAAGGUUACUAAUGUCUCAGCCUCAUUCUACAAGAAAAAUAAGAAAGGGUUUGGACAAGGUUACACAAGCUGUGAUCCUCUGGCCAUGUCAGUAGCUGUAAAACCAGAGAUUGUAACUGAGGCAACAAGUGUGUAUGCCACAACAGAGCUACACGGGCACUUGACUCGUGGCCAAAUGGUUGUGGAUUGGAGAGCCCAUCUUGGAAAAGAACAUAAUAUUAAGUUAAUUCAAGAAGUUGAUUUGGAAGCCUUUAAAGUCUUGAUGAUGGACUCCUUGAAAUAAUUAUACAUAAAAAAAGAGGAGUAAGAAACAAAGACAUUUUUGUAAUAAAAUAUUUGCCUAUUUUUCAUUGUGGUGUAAGAAUGGAGAUGAACUAUGUUCAUUUGUCUCACAAUAGAGUCACUUUUGAUGUAGAUUGUGACAUU